AUGGAUUCACGGGGACGCCGGACUAGAGGCCGAGGUAGGGCAAGAGGCAGAGGCCGAGUUCACCAUGAGGAGGAACUUCAUGUUGAGCAGCCUGACCUUGGGAUUGGUGUCCAUGAUGAGGGACGAGUCCUCAAGCUGAUCAGGGACAUUACUAGAUUGGUUGCACUGACCUUUCAUGGGGGUCUCAAUCAUAUGAAGGAUGAUGCCCUGGAUUGGUGGAAGAGUAUGAAGAGGACGAAGGAUGUAUUGACUUUCACCUGGGGGAAGUUUGUGGAUCUUAUUCGGGACAAGUACUUUCCAUCUACUGUGAAGGAGGAGCUUGAGCUUCAGUUCCUGGCACUCAACCAGGGGAACAUGACUGUCAGGGAGUAUGAGGCUCGAUUUGACCAGUUGUAUCAGUUUGUGAGACCGAUGGAUGUGACCUCAUUAGCUCAGAAGUUUCUGCGAGGACUUAGACCUAAGUACAAGAACAUCAUAGCUGCAUUUUGCCUUUCUACCAAGGAGCUGAUUUAUGAGAGUGUACUGAAUCUGGAGCAAGUGAACAAGCUUCGUGAGAGUGAGGUGACACAUAGAGAUGUUCAAGGGAAAGGAAAGGCAGUGGCCUCGAGUAGUGGUACAACGGGUCAUAGAGGAAGAGCAUGGAAGAGGCAAAGGACCCAGCGGUACCUUCCAGCAAGGGUGGUAGCAGCACCUGUUAGAGCUGUACCACUUAGACAGGCCGAACCGCAGAGAUGUUUCAACUGCAGAGAGAUAGGUCACAUAGCUAGGGAUUGCCCGAGGUUGAGUGGCAGAGUGUGA